AUGGCAUUCCCAACAGGUGUCAUUCUCUCAGCUCUGCAGGCACCGUUAUCAGCAUUGCAAGCCAAGCGGCCAGGGAUAUUGCUCAUCUUGAGUCUUAUCAUUGCUUCGGCGUCUGCUUACGACAGUAAUAUCUGUUGCUUGAAGGCCGCUCGAUUGCCUGAUGUACGAAUACCACUGGACCAGUACCCGUGGGAUGUUUGCAGCCUGAACGAUACCGAAACUUAUGCUGAAGGGACCACGUUCCCUUCGGUCAAUGUCACCAUGGGAUGGUGCAGAGCACAUUGUCCUGGCAACCGGCAGAGUGAUUUAUCACAGUGGUUGCAGCCGCUGACCAGUUGGAUUGUACCUUACAUAGGUCUUCUCUUGCUGUGUCCCCUCGGCGACUUCAAGCCACCCUCUGAAGCCUACAGAUGGUUCUGGCAGUUUGUGGGCUAUACUCUGGAAUGGAUCAAUUUGUUAGGCGACCCAACGAGUGCCAUUUUUGGUUCGUUUUCAGAAAUCUGGUCGGAUGCAACAAUGCUGCAUACGAUUGACCAAACGCCUGAGGAAUCUCACGAACCGCCUCCGGGUAAAAUCACCAGCCUUUCGGCCUCGAAAUGGGUGGUCGUCCUGGUUGGCGACACCGAGUUCGACCGAAGAAAAUUCCGGGAGAAUGAACAAUACACUGAACUAGAGGGAGGGCACGAACAAACCAUUGAAAAGCAAAGCCCCUCGCUGCCAGAAAAAACGGCGUCUGAAUCCAACAGAUUGCUUUCAUCAGUGUCAAAUGAAGAAGUCGAUGACCUCCCCACUGAUCUAAGAGUGCGGGUGAAGAACGCGAUUAACACUCUUAUCGAAGCCCGCACCCACUUCAAAAAGGCCAUCUUCUUGCCAACAAUCCUGUUUCUUGCAGUGACGGCAUCAGUCUUCUAUGAUGCUUACAACAAACUCGGUGAUAAUGACACUGCAGACUGGUUGGCUUUCGGAAUCUGGUACUCUUGGAUGGUGAUUCUCUCCGUGGCUGCAAACUGUUUCGCCAGCAGUGUGAACGCGGGCGUGACACAGACCACACUGGGUCAAUAUACCCGGCUCUCCGACCGAAGUGUUCCGCUCCGCGAGCGCUAUUUCAACGGUUUGCUGUGGCAGGAAUGGUUGACGCGAAUCCAUAAGAAACGACGGCUGGCUGUGCCCGGGGCGGCAAAAAGGGGUGGUUUGUUGCACAAACAAAAGGCUGAGAACAGCGUCAACUUCGAAGAAAGCCAUCACGCCAAAUACCCUUUCUUAACUUUGAGAAAGGCCGUUGAACUGCUCAUCGGCCAUAUCUUUGCAUGGCUUUGCGUCGCGGUGCCCACGGCCUGUGCCAUUGUUGUCUCAUACAAAACGCCUACUGUCGGCUGGGAUUGCCGAUCAUUCAAUUUCCUGCUCUAUGGAAUCCUAGCAUUAGUCGUUCCCGCCGUGCACAUCGCCUAUCAAAGGGUGCCUUACGACGAUAAAAAAGACGACAACAACGAAAGAGAAGGUUACAAAUACCUGAAAAAAGGACUCAAAACCAUUUACUGGCUUCUGGCGUGUGCGAAUGCAGCUGUGCUCACCAUUGGCACCAUUCUGCAACUAGCAGGUGUCUACAGAAGCUGCCGAUGUCAACUCCUCUUCGCGCCGGAUUCUGCACUCGUGGAAGUAAACCGAAACACUCCCCUUGCGGUCGAUAAUGCAAAAAGAUACUGGCUUCAGAUAGGAUAUCUGGCAUUUGGAAUUGUUUGGGUGGUUUGUGGUGUCGUGACGGCAGCCAGGGCCUAUAUUUCUGCUCGUCUCGAGCUUCCUGAUGAUCCGAGGAAGCAAGAGGAGCAGAAGGAGCUCGAUGAUAUUUGGAACCAGGCAUGA